AUGGAUGAGGGUUCCUGCACCGGGGAGGAGGUCACCUCAAGAAGACCAAGGCCAAAACCAAGACAAUCAAGACCAGACCUCCAAGACCAAAACCAAGACAAAGACCAAUCAAGAUCAGAGGUCAGAGACCUCCAAGACCAAGACAAAACCAAGACCAUAAAACCAGUAGUCAAGACCAUACCAAAACCAAGACAAAGACUCAAGAGAGGUGAGACUAAGACCAAUCAAGACUGGAGGUGUAGUCAAGACCAGACCUCCAAGAGCAAUACCAAUCAAGACCAGAGGUGUAGUCAAAACCAGAACUCCAAGACCAAAAACAAGACCAAGACCAAUCAAGACUGGAGGUGUAGUCAAGACCAGACCUCCAAGAGCAAGACCAAUCAAGACUGGAGGUGUAGUCAAGACCAGACCUCCAAGAGCAAGACCAAUCAAGACCAGAGGUGUAGUCAAGACCAGACCUCCAAGAGCAAGACCAAUCAAGACCAGAGAUGUAGUCAAGACCAGACCUCCAAGAGCAAGACCAAUCAAGACUGGAGACCAGAACUCCAAGACCAGAACUCCAAGACCAAAAACAAGAGCAAGACUAAUCAAGACCAGAGUUGUGGUCAAGACCAGACUCCUAAGACCAAGACCAAAACCAAGACCAAGACUAAUCAAGACCAGAGAUGUGGUCAAGAUCAGACCUCCAAGACCAAGACCAAAAACAAGAGGAAGACAAAUCAAGACCAGAGGUGUAGUCAAGACCAGACCUCCAAGACAAAAAACAAGAGCAAGACCAAUCAAGACCAGAGGUGUAGUCAAGACCAGACCUCCAAGACCAAGACCAAGACUAAUCAAGACCAGAGCUGUGGUCAAGACCAGACCUCCAAGACCAAAAACAAGAGCAAGACCAAUCAAGACCAGAGGUGUAGUCAAGACCAGAUAUCCAAGACCAAAACCAAGACUAAUCAAGACCAGAGCUGUAGUCAAGACCAGAUCUCCAAGACCAAGACCAAAAACAAGACCAAUCAAGACCAGAGUUAUGGUCAAGACCAGACCCCUAAGACCAAGACUAAAAACAAGAGUAAGACCUACCAAGAUCAGAGGUGUAGUCAAGACCAGACCCCUAAGACCAAGACCAAAAACAAGAGGAAGACAAAUCAAGACCAGAGGUGUAGUCAAGACCAGACCUCCAAGACAAAAAACAAGAGCAAGACCAAUCAAGACCAGAGGUGUAGUCAAGACCAGACCUCCAAGACCAAGACCAAGACUAAUCAAGACCAGAGCUGUGGUCAAGACCAGACCUCCAAGACCAAAAACAAGAGCAAGACCAAUCAAGACCAGAGGUGUAGUCAAGACCAGAUAUCCAAGACCAAAACCAAGACUAAUCAAGACCAGAGCUGUAGUCAAGACCAGAUCUCCAAGACCAAGACCAAAAACAAGACCAAUCAAGACCAGAGUUAUGGUCAAGACCAGACCCCUAAGACCAAGACUAAAAACAAGAGUAAGACCUACCAAGAUCAGAGGUGUAGUCAAGACCAGACCCCUAAGACCAAGACCAAAAACAAGAGGAAGACAAAUCAAGACCAGAGGUGUAGUCAAGACCAGACCUCCAAGACAAAAAACAAGAGCAAGACCAAUCAAGACCAGAGGUGUAGUCAAGACCAGACCUCCAAGACCAAGACCAAGACUAAUCAAGACCAGAGCUGUGGUCAAGACCAGACCUCCAAGACCAAAAACAAGAGCAAGACCAAUCAAGACCAGAGGUGUAGUCAAGACCAGAUAUCCAAGACCAAAACCAAGACUAAUCAAGACCAGAGCUGUGGUCAAGACCAGACCUCCAAGACCAAAAACAAGAGCAAGACCAAUCAAGACCAGAGGUGUAGUCAAGACCAGAUAUCCAAGACCAAAACCAAGACUAAUCAAGACCAGAGCUGUAGUCAAGACCAGAUCUCCAAGACCAAGACCAAAAACAAGACCAAUCAAGACCAGAGUUAUGGUCAAGACCAGACCCCUAAGACCAAGACUAAAAACAAGAGUAAGACCUACCAAGAUCAGAGGUGUAGUCAAGACCAGACCCCUAAGACCAAGACCAAAAACAAGACCAAGACUAAUCAAGACCAGAGGUGUGGUUAA